AUGUCCUGAAAGUUUUCUGGAUGAUCUGAAUCCGGAUCUAAUCUUCUGAACUGUGUCUGGAAGGUUCUGAGAUUUACUGGGUUUAAGUGGCUACAGAACCCAGAACCUCAGCCCGUCUGCUGGGUUCUGUAGACCUGAGGCUCCUAUGGGAUGGAUCUGCAGAUACAGCAUUUACCUGAUCCAGGUGCUGGUUCUGAUGCUGACCCUGAACCAUUACCUGGUCCCAGACCUGCUCCUGCUUUUCCUCGUGUGGACUGGAUCCGGAUCUUCCAAGUUCUCGUUCCACUUGUCAGUGUUCCUUCCUGCGGUUCCGCUGGAUCUUCCUCGUCAUGGAUUUAGUCUAAAGAUUCCCAGAUUCCUGCUGGAUGUUCUUCCUGAACAGGUUCAGUGCAUGGAUGCCGAGAGCUUCGAGAUGCCGGUGGCCGGCUGGCCGCUCGACGCUUCAGUCUGCUCCGAACCCGACUUCAGUGGUUCUGAGAAACUCCUGCAGGACUGGGUGGGAGACCCCGAAUAUGUGACCCUGAACGACAGCGAAUCAGAAGAGGUCAUGCACGCCGUCAAUCCUAACGAGGUGUUUGGCGACGCGCCGUCCGACCCGUCGUCUUCGGAGAGCGACAGCGGCAUCUCAGACGAGACGCCUGUUGCCUUGGAGACGGCUGUAACCACGGCGACCGGCCAACCAGCCCCGGCAACCAUCUAUCAGGUGGUCUAUGACAUCAGCGCUAUGGGCGGAGCCAAGUCUGAGCCCAGCCAGGAGAACAUCAUCUCCAUAGAGCUCGAUGAAUGGAGCUCCCAGCUGCUGUUUUCGGACUCCUGCAUCGUUAACGAGCUGCCGACAGCCUCCUCCUCUUCCUCCUCCUCCUCCUCGCCGUCUGACCACAGCCUGAGCCACGCCCCCCCCUCAGGUAGAGACCAGCUGCUGUUUCCGGAGCUGCAGCUGACGGAGGAGGAGCAGAAGCUGCUGACGGAGGAGGGAGUCUCCCUGCCCAGCAACCUCCCUCUCACUAAGGCAGAGGAGCGCAUCCUGAAAAAGGUCCGCAGGAAGAUCCGCAACAAGCAGUCGGCCCAGGACAGCCGGAAGCGGAGGAAGGAGUACAUCGACGGCCUGGAGAGCAGGGCGGCGGCGUGCUCGGCUCAGAACAAGGAGCUGCAGAGGACCGUGGAGCAGCUGGAGAAGCACAACAUGUCCCUGCUGGCCCAGCUGCAGCAGCUCCGCUCCCUCAUCAAGCAGACGGUCAGCAAAGGAGCCCAGACCAGCACCUGCCUGCUGAUCAUCUUGGUGUCCCUCAGUCUGAUCAUCUUGCCCAGCUGCAGUCCGUUCAGCCGGCGCCUGUCAGCAGACGACGACUACAGAACCACGGGAGUUUUCUCCAGGAACAUCCUGACGGAACCGACAGACGACGGCGACGCUCCACCUGCGCCCUCGGACUCACAGCCGCCUGAGCUCAGCCAAUCAGGGCCUGCGGGGGAUGCAGCUGUCCUCCUAGAGCCAAUAGGAAGCUCUGAUGAUGCGGGUCCUGGAAGGAGCCAAUCAGAGAACGCGACAGCCGGCGUUGCCGGGCCGACUGACGUGUCGGAUCAGAGAGGAGUUGCUGACCCGGCCAAGCCUGCCCACGCUGAUGAGAUGUAACCAGAACCUGCUGAGGUUCUGCUCAUGGUGCCGGCCAGCAGGGGGCGCUCUGGCUGAGGGUGGGGGGUUAAACCCAGAGACAGGAGUCAUUAGUGAGCCCUGAGGUGACAGGCUGGCUUGUUCUUGGAUCAGAACCAGCACACGUUGUAGUUUUCUGACUUAGAACCGGUUGUUGAAGUGGAACCAGCUGGAACGUCUGGAUCCUGCAGAACUCACUGACUGUCUGAUCCGGACCGACCCGUUCAGUUCUGUUCUGACAUGUCGGCUUUAGAAACGGUUGGGUUCUGACUGACCGGUGCUGAUUGUUCCGUAAAUCACCUGAUGCUCCAAACUGCGGUUCUGACUCUCUUCCUUUGAUGUCUGUGGAACCGUGGACCGGCUCUGUGGACCGGCCCACAAUCAGGUUCUGGUAUCGCAUUCCUCCCAAAGCCCAAAUCCUGCCCUGUUACUGGCUGGUACCACCGGGCCGGAGAUGGACGUGUCUCAGAACCGCGACCCGUCCUCCAUCCACCAGAACCUGCCUCAGCUGUUUUGAUGCUGAGGUGGAAAAACCCAGAAGAACCGCAGAUGGUAGAACCUUUGGACUCCAGAGGAAACCUUCCCAGGAAAACUUAGUGUGAUCCUCAGUACCGGGUUCGGAUCAGUACCACCGGUCCAGGUCCCACCAGCAGCCUCCAGCUGGGUUCCUUUAUCUGCUCAGAACCAUCGGCCCGAGGGUUCUCCCUAGCUUGGUUCUGCACACAGAAAGUGAAACCCAAACGCUUCAGAACCUUCAGAACCACAAGAACUGAAAACAUGAAUGGAUCUGUUUCUGCAGCAGAACGUCAGAACAAACCCGGAUUGUUGGAGACAGACGGCCUUGGUUCUGGUUCUGGUUCUGGUUCUGGUUCUGCUCAUUUCAAUGGGUGAUAAAGUCUACGUUUAUUCCGUCUUUGGUCCAUAUGGACCAGGAAUAAUUUGCAUAUUUUAGUACCAAUGUUUUUCUGUUCAUAACUAAUUAUUAAAAGCGUGUCUGAAUAAAAUCUUCAUCCUAAAUGUGUCACAGGUGCAUUGUUCAACAAUCAGCUGAUAAAUGAGGAACCUGCUGACAUGCAGCAUGUUUAGCCUGGUGGGGGGGGGGGGGGGGCAUUAAAAUCCCACUGAAAUGCAA